CGGAAAUAGCAGCGGAGGUGAUGUUUCGCCACCAGUCGACGCCAUAUUGCCCUCAGCUGGAGGAACUCGGGAGUGUCUUGAGAGAAUUUUAAAAACACACGACCAGCAUUUCCCUCUCCAAUCUACGACUAAUGGACGCAAUGGCUAGCCCGGGAAAAGAAAACUAUCGAAUGAAGAGCUACAAGAAUAAAGCCCUGAACACCCAGGAAAUGCGGAGACGGAGAGAGGAGGAGGGGAUACAGCUGCGCAAACAGAAAAGGGAGGAGCAGCUGUUCAAGAGGAGGAAUGUGUGUGUACCACCUGGUGAUGAGUCUAUGCUUGAAUGCCCCAUUCAAGACCCUGAUAUCAGCUCCACUGUACCUGUAUCAGGUGAAGGAGUUAUAACCCAAGACAUGAUUCAAAUGAUGUUCUCUGAGGAUCCAGACCAGCAGCUUAUAGCCACUCAGAAGUUCAGAAAGUUACUCUCUAAAGAGCCCAAUCCUCCCAUUGACGAGGUCAUCCUCACACCUGGUGUCGUCAACCGAUUUGUCGAAUUCCUAAAAAGGAGUGAUAACUGCACUCUGCAGUUUGAAGCAGCCUGGGCCCUGACCAACAUUGCCUCAGGGACCUUCCUACACACCAAGGUGGUCAUUGAGACGGGGGCUGUGCCCAUCUUCAUAGAGCUGCUCAACUCAGAGUAUGAGGAUGUACAAGAGCAGGCAGUGUGGGCGUUAGGAAAUAUUGCCGGGGAUAAUGCGGAGUGCAGAGACUACGUCCUCAACUGUGGCAUCUUGCCCUCUCUUCAGCAGUUGCUUGCGAAAUCAAAUAGGCUCACUACCACCCGGAACGCCGUGUGGGCACUGUCCAACCUAUGCAGAGGGAAAAAUCCCCCUCCGGACUUUGCAAAGGUGUCGCCCUGUCUGAGCGUGCUCUCCAGAUUGCUCUUUAGCAGUGAUCCUGAUGUUCUUGCAGAUGCCUGCUGGGCACUUUCAUAUUUGUCAGAUGGACCCAACGACAAAAUCCAAACAGUUAUUGACUCAGGCGUGUGCCGCAGGCUGGUGGAGUUGCUCAUGCACAGUGAUUAUAAAGUGGUGUCCCCUGCACUGAGAGCGGUGGGGAACAUUGUAACAGGAGAUGACAUUCAGACCCAGGUGAUUCUGAACUGCUCCGCUCUGCCCUGCCUGCUCCAUUUACUCAGCAGUCCAAAGGAAUCCAUCAAAAAAGAGGCAUGCUGGACCGUCUCCAAUAUCACCGCUGGGAACAGAGUGCAAAUCCAGGCGGUGAUCGAUGCCAACAUAUUCCCAGUGCUAAUCGAGAUUCUGCAGAAAGCAGAGUUCCGCACCAGGAAAGAGGCCGCGUGGGCAAUAACCAACGCCACCUCGGGAGGCACGCCAGAGCAGAUGAGAUACUUGGUUUCUCUCAACACUAUAAAGCCCAUGUGUGAUCUGCUCACGGUGAUGGACUCCAAGAUUGUGCAGGUGGCUCUGAACGGUCUGGAGAACAUCCUCAGACUGGGAGAACAAGAGUCCAAACAGAACGGAUCAGGCAUCAACCCUUACUGCGCCCUCAUUGAAGAGGCUUACGGCUUAGACAAGAUUGAGUUCCUGCAGAGCCAUGAGAACCAGGAGAUUUACCAGAAGGCCUUUGACUUGAUCGAGCACUACUUCGGGGUGGAGGAGGAAGACGCCAGCAUCGUUCCGCAGGUGGAUCAGAAUCAGGGCCAGUACAUUUUCCAGCAGUCUGAGGGACCGAUGGAGGGCUUCCAGCUCUAACCCUUAUACCUGUGCUACUGGCCAAGCUUCAGGCCUUGCUUCUUCCAUCCUGCCUGGAGUCUCCUCUCCCUCCCUCUCUGCAGCGCAGGACCUCCACUCCAGCCUUGCUCCAAGACACGGAGGCCCGGCUCCGCUACUCACAGCAGAGAUGACACCUGCGCCCCCCCCCAAACCCAACCCACUAAAUCUUCCAUUUCCAUCCUGCCCAUCUUCCUAGCUCCUUUAUCGAGAGAGAAGAUCUGUGAGGUGAACCAUGGAGGGCAAAGCUCAAGAGUCUGUAGUUUAAGUCCAGUUGAGACUUACGAAAAGCAUCUUGCUUUUGUUAUUCUUGUCGUUGAUGAUGUUGUUAUUAUUAUUAUUAUUAUUAUUAUUAUUAUUAGACAUUGGCACUGGUGUCCUGUAAAGUAAACUUUACUCCAUGUCCCUUGAGAAAUGUGAAACUACCUCUUCAAUCAGAAAACAAAGUGUUUGACAAACACCCAGCCUUUAGCUCUGACAGUUCUCUUCUCUUGCUAAGUAAAUGCUUCUAUGCAAACAAAUAUGUAAUUUUGGGGUGGCAGAAAUCACAAGGUCUAACGGAAUGUUUGGUCAGGAAGAGCAACUAAUGUAUUUGCAUUGAUACAUUUGCUUUGGAUGAAUUCCUUGACUUUGUGUGCCAUCACACCCACUGUGUUUAUUCACAAUGCAUCCUGAGGGCAUGUCAAGCCUAGUUACACUAUUUAUUCUGACGUUUUGUUAACUGCUAACCUGGGAGAUUCAGAGCCGUAUUUAUUAAGCUUUUUGGAAGGAACCGGCCUGUGGGCUCCGGCUGUUGGGAGACCAGCACACAGCCCACUUCCUCUCAGCACCCACUUUGCUGAUGCUGUUAAUGCGUUAAAAGCGUCGCAUGAAAUUUAUUUAAGUGUGGUCACAUGAUCACCAUGAUGCAGUUGUUUGUAUGUAUGCAUAUCAUUGGGUUUCUCAUCUCACCUGAAGGUGUUUCUUUUCAUGCUGACUGGCUUUAAUUUGAUUUAUUUAAUGUUCACAUGUUAGAAAGUGUUGAUGUAGUAAAAUGUGUAUAUUAUAUAUACAUUGAGGAUAGGAGGAGGACGUUUUUCAGUGAAAUUGUCUUGGGGUACAGUGAAAUACUAAUGUAAGGAAAGCAUCUUUUAUAACAUUCUUUGUUCAAAGAACUUUUCCUCAAAUAUCCCCCACUAGUGCUCAAAUUUCCUUUAAGGAACUUAUGUACAAAUUAUUUCUUUUAUUUUAUCUUUUUUUUUUUUAAUCGCUUCAACUGAUCUUACAUGCAGAAGAUUGCCUUUGUAAUGAAACCUGUCUGGCACAAAGUUCCUCUGUUCUUUGUUUUUGGUUUGAUUAUUUACUUCCUCAUGUUCUGCCCUUAAAAAUGCACCCACUUUCCUUUGAAACAAAUUUGAUCCAAAUAAGAGUUAUAAUAAUAAAGUCAGUAUAUUUACAAAGAAAAAAAAAUCAUUGAGAUUGUAAAAUGAAACUUUAUCAAGCACAUUCAAUUGUGUAUAGUUUUGUAAAAUUUCUCAUGUUUGUAUAAUGUUUUCUAAGUUUGGGUUGUUGUUUUCGCAUAAGAAAAAAAAAAAACAUCUGUGUUUUAAGUUAUCAUUGGUACAAACCUUCAGUAUAGAGGAGAUCAUUGCUUUCCUCGAGGACAAAUGUUGAUAUUGUGUGAAAUGAUGUAGGCAAAUGCACAGACAAAUAAAAUGUUCUGUUAAACAUUUAAAUAACAA